GCGCGGUCCCGCCCUUCUCCUCGUGAGCGCGCGUGUCACCUGUUGCACUCCGGCGUCGGAGUUUGGAUUCCGCUUCACGCGGGGAAAGAGCAGUUCCAUUGAGCCGAUACUGCAGGUUAAGGACAGUUGUGGGCAAAAACGCCCAGCGAGUUUUCCAGAGCCUCAGCCAGCCAACCACUUCUCUGAAGAACCCUUUGGUCGCAGCGAGGAGGAGAGUGCCUUGAGCUCAGGGGGACAAAGGUCAACAGUCCAAGCCUGUACGCCCAGCCCCCCUCCUCCACCCUCACCACCACCACCAACCCAAGCCAAGGGGACAAACCAGACGCCCAAACUGUUCAACCCAAGCAAGCUCAGUUUCUCUUCCUCCCAGUCAGGAGGCAACAACAUGAACCUGUCAGACCUGCCUACCUUCACUCCAAGCGCCUUCCCUCCCAGUGCCUUUAAUUACGAGCGACCGAGGCAUUUCAUUCAAUCACAGCCUGCCUUCCAAGCACCCAGCUAUGAAAGUGUUCUGAGGGAGGCUCAGGAGAACCAAAAUAACUCCCAACACAACCUCAGCAGUCCGCUAAAUAAUCCAAAUGUUAUGGAGACACAAAGUCAGUCUUUUUCUCAAACCAAGUCUUUGUCACAGACUCAGUCGCAGUUUCAGUCACUAAGCCUUGGUCAGAACCAAGCCCACGCUGUCACCCAGAUCCAGACCCAGACCCAGGCCAAUGGUACGGGCAAGUCAUCUCCCUCCUCAUCCAGUCUCAGCUCUCCCAUUUCCACCCCAGCCUCCUCUGCCGCACCUCCUGUGUCCUCCACUGGCCCCAUGCUCAGUCCCCCUGACUCCACCACUUUCUCUCCUUUCCCGGCCUCCUCAUCCUCUCUCCCCCGCACCACCAUGCGCUCCACCAUCACCCUCACCCCCAGUGUCCCCAGUGCCACCGGGCUCGGCAGCGCCACCCUGCCAGCAAACCAGGACACCAUGUCGGCGCCCGCUGCUUUCCUCUGCUCUGUGCUGCCUUCCCAGUCCGCCUUCUCCCCUUUUUCCUCCUCCAAGCUGUCUCCCAACUCCAACCUUCCUCUCACCUCCACCUCCCCCUCUCGCUCCCCACUUGCUCCCUCCAGCCCUCUCCUUCCCAUGAGGGCCUCCUCAUCUCCUUCCUCCCUGCCUCAGCAGCCUCUCCCGGUGUCCCCUUCUCUCCCUUGCUCUCCUCUCUCUCCAUCCUCCUCCUCCUCUGUCCCACAAUCCACCACUCCCAGCCAGAACCGAGUUCCGCCUGCUGUGGUCUCCAUGCCCUCCAGCUACAAGGGAACACCAAACAUCCUUCCUAAGCCCAUCCUCAAGAAGUCUGUAGCUCCUCGGCCUUCUUCCUCUCGCUCCACAGAUGAAGACAUCCAGGGCUCUAAAGACGCCCUCAUUCAGGACCUGGAAAAGAAGCUUCGUUCAAAGGAGGCCAGGAGGAGAAACAGCCAGAAACUCUCCUAUGAGGAGCGUAUGGCUCGUAGGCUGCUGGGUCCAGACAACGCCACCUACAUGUUUGACCAAGACAAUCUUUCAGAUACACAACUCGACCAGCCAGAUUCACCCGAGGGAAGACACACAGGUGGACUCUGGGGGAGGCACCACUCAGGGACAGAUGAGAAGGCAAACGAGGGCUCAGCUAUCCAGGAGAAAUGUUACGCUCCUCGCUUCCUGCAGAUCCCUCCAGACCUCACCGUAGAGGAGGGACGCUUCUGUAGGAUUGACUUCAAGGUCGGAGGCCUCCCCACGCCGGACGUUUCCUGGUAUCUGGAUGGUAAAGCCAUUCGUCCAGACGACUACCAUAAGAUGCUGGUGUGUGAAAAAGGGAUGCACUCUUUCAUCAUAGAGAUCGUCACAGUGCACCAUGCCGGAGUGUAUGAAUGUGUGGCCAGGAACCGGGCAGGGGAGAGCAGGUUUACCAUGAGGCUCGAUGUAAUAGUCCAGGAGGUUCUUCGUCCUCCCACUUUUGUCCAGAAGAUGUUAAACUCCAGAGCUCUAGAGGGCGAUACUGUUAGGUUAGAGUGUAAAGUGGACGCUUCCCCUCCUCCUCAGCUCUUCUGGAAAAAAGAUAAAGACAUGCUGCGCAUUGACCCAAACAGAAUGAGUCUGUAUCAGGACGGCUCGGGGCGGCAGUGCUUGUUGAUCGAGAGGGUGAUGAAGUCUGAUGCUGGCUGGUACACUCUCUCUGCCAUCAAUGUGGCUGGCAUGUCCACAUGCAACGCCAGGCUGGAUGUAGGCACUCGCACAGCCCCGCCCACGAAGACGGCGCCCCCUGCCUCGAAGACGCUGAAACUGCUGUCGUCUCUGAGCCAUGUGCCUGCUCUGACUGUGGAGAGCCCCGCCCAGCACACCGCCCCACUGUACGAGAGCGAAGAGCUGUAGACCCACACGAGACCCCGUCAGAUCCCCCCAGAUCCCUAUCACACAUCUCAGAACUGUCAAACUGGACCAGAGCCUGCGUUCACUGCCACGUCAGGGCACAUGUAGUACUAAUCAUGCUUUGGUUCAGCUAUAUGGAGUACCAGCACUACAGCAGCCGAGGACUUGUAACUCCGAGGCCGAGCUGGGUCAGGUUCAUUAUUUUGGUUGUGUUGCUGUACGGUAAACUCUACGGUUUUAUUUAAAAUAACUUGAACAAAAUUAGUUGCAUAUUGUCAAGAUUAAGGUGCGAGAAACCUUUAAGAGGAGCUGUGAUGUGGUUUUGCAGAAUGUUUCUCUAUUGGAAAACGACUCUAACCAUAAGCAGGGGGAAAUGUUUUCGUAGUCAAGUGCCUUUUGAGUUACAGUAAAAUAAUCACACCUGCCGCUGUUUGUCACAACUGUGCCUGUCCUUUCUCCUUCUGUGUGUUGUUGAAGGCUGCAGAGCUCAUGUUUGGUACAUGCCUGUAAGCCUCCCUACUCUGGCUGUCUGGUGUGUCUAGGUCAUGGCUGUAUUAAUAGACCUGGAUAUGGUGUGGCAGAGUUGGCUGUGCUGCCAGUUUUAUCCCAGAGCUGACUUCGGUAUUUGUGGUCAGUAACUGUUUUCCCCUACAGAAAACUGACUUGUAUUCAACCAAUACCCACAAUCCAACACUACUUAUGUCUGUCACUGCACUUUAAUCCUGACAGCUGCCUUCCUCUCCUUCAUCUUGGAGGUGAACAAAAAGUGAUUUCUUGUUCGAACCUCCCAAUUUGUCCCCGAAUUACAGCUGAUGUUAACUCUGAUGAUGUGUGUCUGUACAGUUAAAUAAACUGGACUAUAAAAUCA